GGUGUUCAUUGUUGAAUGGUAGUAGGAAAGUUUGAUCGAAAUAUGACAUUUUAUUUACAUUUAUUAAAUCAAUGCAUUAAUGUUUUGCGAUAUGCAUAGCAAACGAUUAGUCAACUGAAAAUCUUCGCAUGCGCUCGACCGAACUAUUUAAGAGAACGAAAUUUAUUUCAUUCUCAAACGGAAUUAAGUAAAAGUGAAUUGUUUAGAAAUGGCAGAUAUUAAACAAGAUCAUAAAGUUGAAGAUACUGAUAAUUAUGGAAUGGGUAAUAACGCGGAACCAAAAAAUAUGCAGGAAUUAACAGAAUAUGUGCAAACAUUAUUGCAAAAUAUGCAGGGCAAAUUUCAAACAAUGUCGGAUCAAAUUCUUGGCAAAAUAGAUGAAAUGGGAAAUAGAAUAGAUGAUCUCGAGAAGAAUAUUACAGACCUAAUGACACAGGCUGGAGUAGAAGGAGGUGAAAAAUGAUCAUAUCUAUUAUAAAAUAAACUUUGGUAUUCAACAAAGUUAUAAAUUGCAAUAUUGGCAAUUAUUACUGACAAAGAAUGAUAUCUGAAGAUUAUUAACGUGUACUUUUGAUUAUGAAAACAAAUAAAUCACAUUUUUUGCAAUAAGA